AUCCGUCGCAUGGAUGCGAGAGCGAGACGGUGAGUAUCCGGAGCGACAGUUUGACAGCUGAACCCGAGUAAAUAAAUAAAUAUUGGCCAGGAAGACUGGUGGUUCUGUGCUGGAAAAGGCGAUGAGAGUGUUCAUAGAUGGUCUCCAUGGGCAUUUGUGAUGACCUGACCAGAGGAUGAUUCCGUGGGUACGCGAAAAGUUUGCCGAACGGAGAGCCAGAUGGCUGGCGUCCAGGAAGCGCGAGGAGAGCAGCAGUCCAGGAGCUGGCGAGAGACAAUGUGACAAUAAGAGUGGUGCUGGUGAGGCCGAGAGGAGCCUGACCAGAGAUGCGAGCGACUCUGAGGCGAGUGACAAUCUCCAGCUGAGGAUUCUCACCACGCGUGGGGAGUCCGUGGAUGUGGUAGUGCCGCGCAAUUGCACAGGAAAUGCAGUGAAGAAGGAGGCUCUGAAGCAACUGGCUCUGGGUGCGCACUCGCUGCCCUUCUACGCUGCCAAUCUGGACACAGUCCUGCACAGGUACAAACUGGUGCGCACGAGGCAUCGCCAGGUGCUCCACUCGCACGAGCAGGUGGAGAGGGUGGGCUUGCAGGACGGCGAGGAGUUGCUGCUGACGACGAAGAGGACCUCGGCGGCGCACACGGCGCCGGAGAGUCUCAAGGGUCCCUCUCUGGCCGAAGUGAUGGCCGCCACGAAGGAUCUUCCCGCCACUCAGCCCAGCCCGCCGGCCGUCAAUAUCUACGACAUGGUGCUCCAGACGGACCUGCAGUACGACAUCCGGAAGAUCCUCAUCUCGCUGGCGCAGAGCUCGGCUUAUGUGAUUGGCGCGGGCCCGUUCGCCGACCGUCUGAUUGGCAUUCUAAAGCAGAGACUCCUGAAUCGGCGCAGACACGAGGCCAGUGCCCUGGAGAAUCUGCUGGCCAUGGGAUUCGCCCCAUCGCGCGUGCACAGAGCGCUGAAGCUGAAGAACAACGUCUACUCGGCCGCCCUUGAGUGGCUCAUCGAGAAUCCCAGCCUGUCGGGACAAAAUUCCAUGGACGCACCCGUGUCGCCGCCCCCAAUGACGGCCUCUAUCAGCCUGAGUAGCGGCACCUUCACCUCCAGGCGCGACAAAAUCGAGAUUCUGCUGGAGAUUGUGCGUCUGCACGCACAGCGCGAUUUGCCAGCACCUCCGGACACCGUGACGAAGAUCAUCGAAAUGGGCUUCGCGGAGUCGGAAGUGCGUGAGGCACUGAAGAGGACGCAGAACAACCAGGCGGCUGCCUGCGAGUGGCUCGUAGGCAGUCGCAGCCGGAGCUUGACUGACCUGCGAGAUGGUCUGCCGUCAGAUUCGCCCGUUCUGCAGGCACUCCUCACGUCGCCCCAAGUACAAAUAAGCCUGGGCAAUCCCAAGAUGUUUGUGGCCUACCUCUCGAUGCUGGACAACUACUCGAGCAUGAGCAUGUGGCUGAGUGAUACGGACACCUCGGGCGUCCUGGGGCACAUCCUGCGGACGUAUCACGAGGAGAAGCACAUCGUGGCCAUCAAUCAGUUCAGCAGCAAUCUCAUAUGAACAGAAGAAAAACGCAAGUCAAUUAUUCGGGACAAUGUGCAAUGCUUCUCCUUUCCCGGCUUCUGGAACACUUAGCAGAUGCCCUGGAAUCUAGUCAUCAGGCGAAAUUGUACCAAAGCGCGCUCCCCAUUUGUUAGAUCUCCCCCAUCAAGUUUUAGUAGGCUAUAAGGAAAAUUGUUAGUGAAAGAAAAUGAUAUUUGUCACGCGGAUCAUUGCUUAAAGUCGGUUGUGCAACGAAGAAAAAAAAACUCCCUCAUUCACCCAGAAUCUCUGGUGUCUCAUCCGCCCCGCCGGAGCGGGAGGCCCAGGAAGUAGCUUUAGCCGCGCCAAAAAAGAAAUAUGAAGUAACAUUCGAAGUAAUGUCAUAGUAUUAAAUACAUUGUAGGAGAGAAAUUUGGAUUAUUGGUAGUUUUUAAAACUCUUUAUCAUGCACAGAAGAGGAAAUGUUUUCUCCGCAUUGAUUUCUCAACAAAAUAAACAUAUUUCUUAUGAUCUCACA